AUGGCUGCUCAGCAAUCAGUCAUACCCCCUGCGACGGCGGGUAUCGUGUCGAGACCAUGGGAUCCUACAACUCUAGCAAUUGGAGGCGCGAUGUUGAGUGGUCGAGUACCGCCUCCAGAUUUGACUGGCCCGGUCCAUCCCCUUUUUGCACGCGACAGAUGGGAAAUCGAUGAGGAGGACUAUCUUCUCUUACUCCCAAGCAUGCGACUUGCGACGCGGCUGUUAGAAGUUGGAAUGCCAUAUAUGGCAAAUUUUUUACCAAGCAGCAAGAUAUAUGGCACGCCGCAAGAUGUAUCGCACGCUGAACAUUCUCACCUUGUCAGUCCAGAGGAAAUUUCAUUAAGUAAGAUAAUCUUGCUCAAGGAUCUUCAAGAAACAGAAUUGGAGCUUGAGGCGAUUGCAAAAUGCAUCAAGUGGAGAUUGAAUGAAAGAAUGCAUGCAAAUUAUCAUUGGAAUGGCAUCACAAGGCUAGCAGAUCACGGAGAAGCAGAUUUUGUCCCCCUCGAAGAGAAUGACAUCAGGGAAGCGGAUUUGGAAGCUGCUCAAGCAGGUCGAGUACGACGACCACUUGUCAUUGCAAUUAUGGACUUACUACUAGUCCCAAUGCGCACCCAUCCGACUGAUUCUGAAAUCCGUCUCAAAGCACAGUUUAUGGCGGCAAUUACUAUGGUUCACGAAAUCGGGCAUGCAAUAUUUCACCAGGAUUAUAGAUCGUUCAAUCCUGGUAAAUAUGGUGAAUAUGGUGGUGAAGAGCCCUACGUUGGGGAAGAUGUCGAUCGCGAGUUAGGAAGAUCCUUCGUUAGUUGGAUUUUCAAUGGUUUUCAUCCUCAAUUCUGCGAGUCGCAUGAAAAAGAUGCCCAGUUUGGUAGUUUAGGAUGGUCAUUAUAUUGGGAGCCACUGCAUAAGAUCGACGAGAUAUUUGAAGUGCCGACGGCCCUCAAUCCUAUAAAAGAUAAAGAACAUAAACGACCCUUAUAUGAAAAGAUCAGUGCAAUCCCUGUCGAGUAUUUGUCAAAUACAUUUCGGCAGAGCUGGUGGGAAGCCAAUCAACGCGGCAUUCCCCUUUAUCGGCUAGCUGCUUUCCUCAGAAUGAGAUUGAAGAUGCCUCCCGAGGAUAAGCUGGGGGCUGCUACAUCUGUGAAGGCCAACUGGUGGGUGCACCCAAUUGCAAAACACCCCAGAUGGAAAGGCCACUACAGGAUUAUGAAGUUCUCUUUGGGUCAGCCUGUCGAAGGACUUACAUAUAAUCAAGUUGUAUCACAAAUGAAAUUGGAAGGGCAACGCUUUUCAUUUGCUCUGCAUGACGAGGAGGACGAUUAUGAUGAUGAGAUUGACAGAUUGUCAAGAGAACAUACUCCUCGUGAAGGCCAAGAGAUCUUUCCAGGGUACGAUGACGACAGAGCGAUGAUUGCUUAUAGUGUCGAGACGCAAGAUGACGGAAUGCUUGAUGAGGAUAUAGGGGUCAUCGAAGAUGAUGAUGCCGAAGUCGUGACGCGAAUCGAAGUUCGCUAUCGUCCGACAACUGAUUUUCAGCCAAGGUCGACAAAGAUCAUUCCGCCAAACAAAUUGGUGGAAGAAGCUCAAAAGGAGGUUCGGAAAGAACUAGCCGCCGAAGAGAAAGCAGCAGCCUCCGAGAUGUUUGCAGGGUCAGGUCCAAGACCCGGAAAGCGCGGAAAUUCUAGCGAUUCUCUCCUUAUUCACGGGCCAAGCAAGCGUUUGAGAACGAUCGUCGAAGCAGACAAGAUAGAUCAGAGUGCUACGUUUCAUGAAAAGACUAUCAAAGCACUCGACCGAGCAUCGGCAAAUGAAAUUGGCCAUUGGACAAGAAUUCAAGCAUGGUAUUAUUGCUCGCAGCAUGGGCUUGCGUUGCCAGAACUACCCAGUACCGCAGCAGCACAGCAAGCAAAACUGGACAACGGCACAGAAGCUGGAUACAACCUUAUGCGGAAAAUACAGUAUCAUCUCCUACAGACUCUCUGGAAAGAAAUCUAUAUCGAUGGUAGACACCCCGAGUCGGUUGUGCUCACAGCAAAGUAUAUCUUGAGCUUGAUAGAUUUCUUUUCGGCCGAAGAUAUCGAUAGCAUGUUUUAUAUCAUUUAUAAAGUCGACCAAGUGGAUCUUUCUCGCAAGAGGGAGAUGUGCAAAGCAUAUUUUAAAAAGCAAGUCAGAUAUUUCCCAAAGAAUGUAAGGAACAGGGCUGCAGCUCCGACCGUAGUGGAGCCACUUCCAGCUCUACACGCUCUCGCUCCAGAACCAGCCCAGUGGUCAGAAGAUGAUUUAAGGUCCUGGUGUCGCCACAAAGGAAUUCCACAAUGGGGAUCCAUCUCCGGCCUAAUCGCUCGCGUCAAUCGCUUCAGAGAAGAAGAAAAGAUCGUCAAAGUUGGAAUAGCCGGUCGACCUAAACCUCCACCCGGCAGAGCCGAUCGUACCGGCACAGAAACUUACUACUUCAGCGCAGUCCUCCGGCACAGUUCCCUCGACGCGCUCAAGAGUUCCCUCUUCAUCGCCGGCAACUUUCCCUCCGAUACCGAACUCGAUCUCUGGGUCAACACAGAUGAAAUCCUGCAACCUGGUCCUCUAAACAAACAAAUCCCCACAGUCGAUUGGAAACGACUUGUUCUCCGCGCAUCGCGUACGGCAAUCCAUAAAGAACCAAUCAAGAUCAGCCGCGAAGAACGCAUCGAGAGAAUCCGCCUGCAUAAUUCACUCAUCGAAGAUCAGCUCCGAGAAGUACAACGCAAUCCCGACAAAGAAAUCCUACCCGAUUUCGAGGAAAGAAUAAUUCACAAACCUGGAUCCGUCCUCAACAAAGUCACGGAUAUUUCCCGCCGCGCGCUCGCACUCACACGUAUUCGUACUGCGCCCGGUACAUUGGCAGGACAAAGUUACAAGAAACACGACAGACCGAAUUUGAUCAAGGGCAGACAUUUGGAUGAUAUGAUCAUGGAUCUCGAGGAUCUACAGAUGAGGCGGAGACAGGAGUUAGAGAAGUCGCAAGACUGGAGGGAAAAGCGGAAGGUUGAGGAGAAUGAGAGGGCGGAGAAGGAACAGAGGAGGGCUACUCAUAUGAAGUUGCUGAGCCAGAGGUUUACUAAGGAUUAUGGAGUGGGGACAAGGUUGGGGGUUGGGGAGGAGGAGGUUAAGGAGGAGGCUAAGGGGGAGGUGGAGGAUGAGUGGCAGGAGGAUUAUGUGUAG